CCCAUGGCUCCCACUCAGUUCAAGCUAACCAAGCGAGACGGUCCCACCCGUCACGCUGAAGGAGACGAAAUCACUGUCAGUUCAAACGAAGAGCUGAACGACUACUACGCGGCACUCUCUGCUUCUGGAAAUCCCGUCAUCCCCAAGCUUACCGUGCUUGAUCUUGGCUCUGUCCGGGUGACCACAGAGACCACUCCUAAACCACAGCCCAAGCAACCCACAGCAUCUCAACAACCCCCCUUCCGCAACACGUUCGGAGGUGCAGAUGUGUUCCCUCUCGUUUUUGAGGUAGAGGACGAAUGGCAGAAUUUACCUAAGGAUUUAGGGAGCCUGUUUCUCCGUAAGGGCGCCCCUGACAGCCCUCAUGCCUUCGUCGAAGUGUUGGACAGCGAUGCCAGCAGGUUCUCAGAGGAUGAUCCUCAGGAUGGAAGUACUAUUCGUUCUCACUCGCCCGCCCCGGCAUCUGCUGUUGGGAAAGGAAAGGGAAAGGCGCGCGAAGACUUCCAACCAAAGGUGGAAGACGACGAUGCGUCCUCAACUGAUUCCAUUUCCGGAUCCGUAUUUGAUGACCAGAUGUCUCCCAAGCCUCCCGUGCAUGUCUUUGAUGUGAGCAAUGUCGAUAUAUUCGAGAAAGCUGAUGAGUCUGCCGCUCAAAACGGAGUGGCUACUCCUGCCCAGGCUCAGAGCACCCCUGUAUUCUCUGAACAGACGCUCAAGGACGUGCAUUUGACGAAUGCUAAGGAGCCUACUACUCUUGAGACUGAGGACCCACCCCUUCCGACUAUCGAUCCCAUCGUACCUCCGUCCCUUACGCAUGAUGUUGCAACCUUGCUUAACAAUUUUUCCAAUGUCAUCGCGUCUCACCCUGAGCUAGGGGAAGGCAUCCGCCGUCUCGUAUCCAAUGCUGCAAGUGGAACCUACUGGGCCGCCCAUCGCGAGGCCAUCUCACGGGCUGCGGAGAAUAUUCAGAGGACUGCAGCAGCCGAAGCUGGGAGAACGAUUGAGGAACUCCGCCCUGGCGGAAGAGUUGCGGAGGCUUUAGGGAGGGUGUUCCGCACCUUUUCUGACGGCGCUCCGACUCACGAAGGUGGUGAAACGCAGCGUGCUGAUGGCAAUAAUACCGAAGCGUCGAACAUUGGCGAGCAGGCACAUACUACAGCUGGAGAUUCUGGGGCACAGUUUGUCCCGGAUCCGCCCAACCACCAUAGGGGUCAUCGCGGUUCGUGGUUCGGUGGACCAAACUAUCACCGUCAUCACCAUCCCCGUUUCGGUCCUUUCUGGGGCCCUUACGCGCCACCUCCGCCACCGCCACCGCCUCCAAUUAGUAUCCCCACAAUUCCCCCUGGACCCAGGAGUUGGCCUCGUCCUCCCCCCCAUCGUUUCUGGGGUCGCAAUGAUCUGAGACCCGAACCACGACCCGUAGUGGUUGAGCCCUCAACUCCUGUGAUAGAGAACCGCGCUCGUGAUCUACCUUCAGCCCCAAUUCAACUUUCCAGGUCGGUGGGGCCUAAUGCAGACCCCUCUGCUGAGGAGCUGCGCGCGGAUCUGGAAAAGGCGAAGGCGGAGUACAAAGCUCGCAAAGAACAGUAUCGUCAAGCCAAGGCACUUAGGAGGGCGUCAAGCCAAAGGCACAAUGAGAAGCACGAUUCGUCGCUAGAGAGUCCCGAUAUCUCUGGACGGAUUCCGGAUUUGGACCCAGUUAUUAGCGCCCCCAACAAGCAUGUGAAGGCGUCGAGUGUUAAUCAUACUCCGAUCCCUAUACCGGUGCCUGUAGUUGCGCCAAGCCCUGUAAUCCCAGAGCACUCACCGGCAGGGGUUCAUAUUGUCAGCAACGCCCGUGGUCCGUAUCCCCAGCUGGAGAUGUUCGAGGUUCCCAGGCGUAGUCUUACUGUCGGGCACACAGGACGUCAGCACAUUCCGGUUGAGAUUAGGGAACAGGUACUGAGCCGAAUCAUGAGGAAAUUAUCAGAUGUCAGUCGCGCUGCUUUGUUCUUUCUAUAUUAUGCUGAUGUUAUUCCAUACAGAUGGGUUUCACCGCGGGGUCACACCCUAACCUUCAUCAGAAGGUCACAGACCAGCUGAUUGCCCAUCCUCCGACUAGCAGGGACGUGGAGGACGACAUUGUUACCAACUUGAUAGAAGAGCUUAUUCCGACCACGUCAAACCAACCUCGCGCGGGCCCUUCUAGGGACAGUGGAAUCCCUGGUGCAUGGCACUAGCGGUCGAAUGUCGAAGAAUAUGUAUGAAUAUCAUUUGAGAUUGGUGAAUUUUUCUGUUGUACCAUGUACUAUAAAAGAUCGGUAACGUGUGUAGUCGAGUAAUAACUUUUGAGAUCGUGCCUCUUAUGUAAGCUGGACGAGAUGGAAAUUUAAGAGAAAUUGAAUUUUU